UGCCCGGAGAAGAGGGCCCAUCAGAGGGGGGAUUCAACGCUCGCUCAUCAACGUAUCGGCUUGAGCGUAUCGUACAUGAACAGACAGGAUAUCUUCGAGGCGAGGUCUGGUGGUCGUGACCCUAGGUCAAGAUGGAGGACGGGCGCGUGACACUGCCGCAUCCGAACUGCGCUCGCCUUGGUUGCUUCGCCUUGGAGUGUGUGAGUGUACCUGCUGAGCUGUCCUUUUAGGGACCCCACAAGGUACAUCUUAAAUCAGAGGGUUCAAACGUCAAACUGAUGGGGCAAUUCUAAUUGGGUUCCAGUUUGGUCCAGAGUCCUGGCUCAGGUUAGACAUGUCGGGUCCUCAGAUGGACAGAGCUACAAGUGUGUGUGUGUGUGUGUGUGUGUGUGUGUAUCCCCUGAGCUGAGGAGGAACAUGAGACCACUCAGGUGACAAAAAGAAAAGGUAAAUUAUUCAGUCUCUCCCUCUCACGCUCACUCGCUCACUGGCACGCAGUGAGAGACACACUGGCACACACACCGGGGUACUGGAUGUCUGAGUCAACUUCCAGGAAAACAGCUUGUUUACAUCAGUGAGGGAAAGACGAGGGGAAGGUCUGUGGAAGGUGGGCGCGGGAAGGCUGUGUCCACCUGGUGAGGAAGCUCACACUCACACUUCGGUCACCAUGACAACAACCUCUCGUCCCCGCUGCGUGUCACUUCCUGCUGUCUCCGUGUCCCGUGAGCCGGUCACCACGGCGACGGCAUGGUCCAUCUCUGCGUGUGAGAGUCGAGCCUCGCCAUAAACAGAGAGAGUCGGGAGGUUUGAUUGACAGCUGGAGACUCGGCUUGAGUUUUUAUGUAACAGUCACCAGCUGCUCCCUAAUGUGCGAGUGUGUGCGUCUCCUUCAGCUGUCCUUGUGAGGACCAGUUCUUGAAACUUAUGAGGACAUUUUGCUGUGUGGAGACAUUUGCUGGUCCCCACCAGGUGAAGCUUCAGUUUGAGGGUCGGUGUAAGUGGGUUGGCAAGAGAAGCGGCUGGUCCCUGCAGAAGUCUCUCUCGGUCGUCCUCGCUCUCCCCCACGGUGAGCCCUUCGUCUAUUUCUGGCUCUGCGUCAUCGUGGGCUUCACUCUGGCGGGGGGAGUGUUUCUCUUGGGCUCCCACUCUGUCUCACACACACACACACACACACACACACACACACGCACGCCGGAGAGAGAGAGAGAGAGACAUGUAAACAGUGACGGACAGACGGAUGAAUGAGAGACCUCUGCUUCUUCGAGCUGGAGGGAGCGACAGACAGGUCUGCGGUGCGAGCGCGGCGAUGGACGACAGCGAAGGACCGCUCUCAGUGGUAGACAAGACCCGAGCGCAACCAGGUGAAGGACCACCAGAGGAGGAGGAGCUGGAGGAAGAGGAGCAGAGUUGAAGCUGGGAAGGUCUGCACCAUCUGGACCACCACCUGAACUCAUCUUGUCUGGCUGGGGCGUGUAGUUUGGACCCACCAGCUCCCCGGGCUGGUGUCUGGCCCACCAUGAUGUCAUCACUGCUGGACACUUCCUGAAACAUCAGGAAGCAGCUGAAGUGACUUCAUCCAUCACCAACGGAUCCAGAGGCCUGCAGAUCUGAGACUCUGCAGAGCCGGACUGGAUCUGGAUCCGGAUCCUUCUGAACGGUGUCCACCACGUGACACCCGCUUGCUUUCUUUCUCUCGCACACGCUUGGGGACCUCUCCUGGCCACCACCCUUUCCCCAGCCUCUCCCCCUGAACACAUGGCUCACCUGAAGUCUCAAGCCUCAGAUUCAGUCUUAACCUUGUGGGGACAGGCACUAGGUCCUGAUUAAGCCUGAUGUCCUCACAAGGAGGUGUGUUUUCCAGAAUUGGUCACACAAGAAUAGAUAAACCAAUCACACACACACACACACACACACCAAGAAAGGAAAGAUGGGAGGGAGUGGGUGGGGGAGUCCAAGAUCCCUAGUCAACAAGUCUGUGUCCUGCAGGUGAAGCAACAAGAUCACAGGAAGAAGAGGAGAAACAUGGUGAGCUGAAGCUGCUGCUGCUGAUGAUGAUGAAGAUGGUGGUGGUGAUGAUGAAGAUGAAGGAGAUGAUGAUGAUGAAGAUGUGAUGAUGAAGGGCGUGCGACCCGCUGAGCCGUCCCACCCACUGCUUUGCGAGAUGGCCCCGUUGGAGCAGCGACACUGGCGUUCAGCUUCCGCCUGCUUCUGAAGGGCCCAUCCUCACUCCGCUCAAAUGUUCCUGCCUCAUGACAGACUGCUCUUCAGAUCCUGAGCGUCUCACACCUGCCUCUACUCGAGCCUGUCAGAGAUGGAGGCCCCAGACGUGGGUGCCAUCAGGCAGAAAGCUUUGAGCAAAGAUGGCGCCAAGGAGAAGACGCUGCUGCAGAGGAAGUGGGCGUCAGAACCGUCAGCUGCCAUUCAAAGAUGCAACUUUGCUGAGCAGGACCUUCUGGGCAGUUCGUCCCCCGGCGGUAUGGGAGCGUCGGCGCCUCAACAGACGUUCUGUGUCACCGGAUAUUCAGCCACCGGAGCCAUCGGGGCCCCAGUGCCUCAAGACUCUCCGCAGACCUUUGCACAGGCUUUGCCCAGGGGAUACGCCCAGGCACUGGCCCAGCCCUACCCCUCGCACCCUCAGACUGAGGACCAACUCUCAGGAGCCAAACCCCCGCCAGGCUUGGAGCCGCAUGUCUGGCCGUUUGCCGGUCAGCUACCAUCCAAUGACUCGUGCUCAGCUCGGCACGCCCACCCGCGGGGGGCCGGCAGGAUGCCGCGCCAAAAGUCUCCCAGUUUACCUUGUUCCUUCGGACAGUUCACUCAGUCUCUGCCAGAGUCGGAGAGCGGCGGCAAGAAGGAGCAGAAAGCAAAGAAGCCAGGGAAAUACAUCUGUCACUAUUGUGGCCGCGCAUGUGCCAAACCCAGCGUGCUGAAGAAGCACAUCCGCUCUCACACAGGGGAGCGACCGUACCCCUGCGACCCUUGUGGAUUUUCCUUUAAGACCAAGAGCAACCUCUACAAACACCGCAAGUCCCAUGCCCACGCCAUCAAGGCCGGACUGCUGCCGUUUGCCGACCUUGCUGCUGCUGCUGCCUGUAGCGGAGAGGUCUCCUCCCUUGGCGAGGCUGAGGUCCACUCCGACGGAGAUCAGAGCACCGACACCGACGAGGAGGUUCCACAGGGUUCCGCCGUCCCACUGAUCUCUGCAGGUGGUGCGGAGCCCGCAUACGCUGACCCGGCAGAAGAGUUGCCAGUGGGGUCUAUGAAGGUCCCGAUCCUCAUUGUACCCAAGGCCGGGGGAGUACCCUCUGAAGAGGGUCCAACCUUCCUGGACAUGAAGGGGUCGCACUACAGGUUGGCUGUGCAAGGCAGCAGAAGGGGUCACUCCCUGGACGACUCCCCCAACGUCAAACAGCAGGCGGCUCUGAAACUGGGCCACAAAAAGAGCCUGGACUGCGACGCGUCCCAGUCUUUAAACCUCCUGAGUCCUCACAGCAAGGGCAGCACCGACUCUGGAUACUUCUCCCGCUCGGAGAGCGCAGAGCAGCCGGUCAGCCCGCCCAACGCCAACAUCAAGACCUACGAAGAAAUCAUGUUUGGCCGGAACUGGUACUACAGGCCCAACGCCCGAGCCAGACAGUCCGUCACCCUGAACCUGACCCUGAGUGACCCCAGCUUUGCCAGCUUGAAAGCCUCAGCUGUGUUCGGCGACAUGGGCAAAAUAGCAGAGGACCAAAUCUGCCUGAGUGGGGAGGUUCGGCUGGCUGGAGAAACCAAGCGCUGUCCCGCUGUCCCCAGCCCAGGACUGUUGGAACCCCCUUCAGAUUCGGGCGGCUUAAUGCGGAGCAACUCCAUGCCGACCUCCUCCCCCGUCGCCGCGCUCGCUCUUCCCCCGGGCGUACGAGGCAGUCAGUCGUUUGACGAGAUCAUCUCUUCCGAUGACGUCUUUUACCGCUCGGGACUUCGCAGACUCCAGCGGCAGGCCGCCAUCGAACUCUCUGCCCACGAGUCUCAUGUCGGAGAAGGUGCCAGGGCAGCGGACUCCAGCCCGAACGUCCCAGAUCCCCUCGCUUCUUUCCAUCAUGGUAGUAAAGUGAGCAUGUCCGAAAUCGCCACCAGAAAAAGGCGUAUCGAGAAGAGCGUAGGGGACGAAGAGGACAGUCCGGGACACAGCAGCAGCUGCAGCGGCUCCGUGGACGUGUUCGGGGACUAUGACUAUAAACCAAGUGCUUUUGACGGGAAGGCCUCUCUCCAGAGUGCUCACAGCCAGUCAGACAGCUUCGAAACCUGUGCCAGCAUGUGCUCGGAAGACAUGGCGCUGGUCUCAGACCUCGAGGGCCGCAAAGCCGCUGGAAACGUCAUAUCGGUCAUUCAGCACACCAACUCACUCAGUCGCCCCAGUUCUUUUGACAAGUCCGAGUCCUUCGAACAGCCCUCUCACCAGCACUCGGAGCAGUCAGACAGCGACAUAUUCGAAGACGCUCUUGGUCCCGAGUCGGUGCUUCUGAGCGGCGAGAGCAUGGAGCAGCAUGAGGACAGCGAGCCACUCUUCGUGUCGUCUGCGGCCGUGCCGUCUGGGCAGCCGUACCACCUCACGCACAAGCUGGUCCGACAACCCAACAUCCAAGUUCCUGAGAUCAGGGUGACGGAAGAGCCGGACAAGCCGGAGAAAGACUUGGAGGUGCCAACGUCCAGGGAGCAGGAGAAGCAGCAGCAGCAGCAGCAGCAGCACGCAGAGGAGUUCCAGCUCCCGCAGAGGAGCGACACCUUGGCACAGAUGCCCUCCGAAAAGCUGCCGCCCAAGAAGAAGCGCCUGCGUCUCGCUGAUAUGGAACAUUCCUCUGGGGAGUCCAGCUUCGAGUCCACCUGCACCAGUCUGUCUCGCAGCCCAAGUCAGGAAAGCAACCUUUCGCACUCGUCCUCAUUCUCCAUGUCGUUUGACAGAGAAGAAAGUAUGAAGUCUUCAGUGUCUCUUACGAAGCAGGACGACACCACGGCUCCAGGCAGCGGUCUCAAAGCGCCGGAGUUCCUGACGGUGCCUGCCGGCGGCCAUUCCAGCCACCACCAGCAGAGGGAGAUGCAGAGGUCCUCGUCCGAGCAGGCGCCUUGCCCCCUGCCUCUGGAGUUGCCAGAAAUGCGUAGUCAAUCCUUUGACUAUGGGAGCCUGAGCAGGUCACGGCAAGGCGAGAUAUACGGCAGCACGUCAGGCCAGAAGGACCGGCGCCGCGGCUUCCUGGUCCGACAGGCGUCGCUCAGCGUUUACCCAGAAACCGUUGCCCCAGAAGCAGCUGCUGAAACAUCUGUGAAGCAGGAACGGGCUGAUUCUGGCUGGACCGUGCCCGACGCAGCCCGGAGAGGAGGCAAGGCUCAGCAAGGCUCUGGUCCGCACGUGCCCCGGUUCCACUUCGUUCAGCAGAGCACGGGUGAAAACGGCUGGGCCGACGACCUGCUCUUCCCCCAGCUGCUCCAGAGCCAGCUCCAUGCUCCUGCACAGCAGGCUGAAGUGUUUUGGAGUCUGGAGAGGUGUCACGCGCCCAGACCGCAUGCCCACAGCGCCCCCUGCAGGAGCCCGGGCGCCACCUGUGGACACAAGCAGCCGGUCCCAGAGCCAGAGAACCCAGCUGAAGCCCAGCUCUCGCCGCUGUCUCCUGCUCUCUGGCACGACCAGAGCCGGUCUGGCUCGGGCACGUCGGUCCCUGUCAGGAUCCAGACCCACGUGCCGCUGCUGGGCAGUGCCACCUACACCAGUGUGAGUCAGCUGAUGGCUCACGGAGAGCCAGCUGGCUCACCAACACAGGACUGCGGACCUGGGUCUGGGUUCAACCUGUCCACCUUGCUCGGUCAGACCACCGCAGUUCCCAGCACCGAGCCGCUGCUGAAGACCGGGAUCCCGCUGUCGCUGACGUCCGGGACCAUCUCCACCACGGACGCGUCGGCGGCCUCCUGUCCGGGGAGCGGCAAGCGCCUCCUCUCUCCCUCCAACUCGCUGGAGCACUUCUUCCAAAGCCGGCAGCAGAAGCGGGUGAGGGAGGAGCGGAUGUACGGGCAGAUCCUGAAGGAGAUGAGCGCCGUGGAGCUGAGCGGCGGCGUGGAGCGGGAGGAGCCACUGAGCUGCCAGGAGAGAAUGUCAUCUUCGCCUCCGGCCAAGAUCCCAGUGCCGCUCCCACCACCCCUGGGCCACAGCUUUGCUCCUCCCCGGCAGAUCCUCACGGAUCCAUCGUCCCCAGAGGAGCUGGACGUUGACAAUGUGGAACUGGACGCCAGCGCGACGGUCCCGGCGUCCGGCCGCCAUGCCGCUGCGGGCCAGACCGUCUUCCUCUUCCCCAGCCUGCGGACCAGCAGCCGGGUCAGCUGGUGCUUCCUGAACUACACCAAGCCAUGCAGCGGCCCCAUGGCUCCCCGCAGCUCCAUCUACAGCUCCUGGAGCAUCAGCGCCUACGACCCCAAUCCCCUCAACCUCAGCACCAAGACGGCGUUGGCCCAGCUGCGCUCCAAACAGAGGAGCAACACGCAGCUGCUCUACUCCACCGCCUCCCUGUCUGCGCUCGGCUGCGGCAAGCUGGUGUCUUCCGCCAACUGGAGGCCGCAGACGGAGCAGCUGGAGCCCCAGUGUACGCUGCCCGGUGGCACCGGGAGGAGCAUGAAAGGGGUGACCUCAUGGAGCAGAGCAAAAGAUGAGCGGCCCGAGAAGGAGGGUCCACUCAGAGCCGCUGCCCCAGAACCGGCGCGGAUCAAGAUCUUCGAAGGCGGAUACAAGUCUAAUGAGGACUACGUGUAUGUUCGUGGCCGCGGCCGGGGCAAGUACAUCUGCGAGGAGUGCGGCAUUCGUUGCAAGAAGCCCAGCAUGCUGAAGAAACACAUCCGCACCCACACGGACGUCCGGCCCUACGUCUGCAAGUUCUGCAACUUCGCCUUCAAGACCAAAGGGAACUUGACAAAACACAUGAAGUCCAAGGCGCAUCUGAAGAAGUGUCUGGAGCUGGGGGUCUCCACGUCCUCCGUGGAGGAGACGGAUGAGCCAGAUGGAGCAGAAAGUCAGAAGCCGGAGAGGCUCCUGCGGGAAGCGGCGGCGGAGCACCAGUUUUCCGACGCGGACGACUCUGAGGGUGGCGAGGAUGAGGAGGUGGACGAUGAAGAGGAGGAGGACGAGGACUAUGACGGCGAGUGCACGCCUCGGAGCCGCUCCGGCUCCAGCAGCCCUCAGCCGCUCAGCUUCCCACCGCUCGCCAUGACAUCAGCCUCUCGCCACUUCCUGUCUGGGCCGGAGCAGCCGUCGCCGUUUGGCUACUUCACCACCGUUCCGAGCAUCCAGAUCACAGCCCUGGCUCCGCCCUCUGCCGCCUCGAUGGAUGAAGACACGCCACUCCCGUCCCCCGACUUCUCCUCCCGCCUCUCCUCUCCCGGCCUGGACCUCUCUGGGUGUGCCUCCCCAGCUUCACCGGCCUCUUCGCCCUCCUCACGCAGGUACCUCUCACCGCGUCGGGACCUCUCGCCUCUCCAAGGUCGCCUCUCGCCGCUACGUCACGCCUCCCCCAAGAGGCGCGACGCCUCCCCCAGGAGAAGCCACCUGUCACUGCCCACCCCCUCGUCGCGGCCCUCCUCUCCGUCGGCACGGGACUACAGACGUGAUCUCUCCCCAAGGGGCCGCCACAAGGGGAGCGUGCGAGCCCUGUCUCCACGCAGAGGCCUCCACCACCCCAGCCAGCAGAGUGCGGGGCGGGGCCUGAGGUCGGCCAGUCUUGCGGGUCUGCUGGGCCAGAUGGACUGUGGGUAUCCGUGGCCCCACAGAUCUGAGCCGGACAGGGGUCGUCUGAGAACGCCGGGUGACCAGUCGCCGCCUCACCGAGUCCUGUUCAGUCACCUGCCCCUGCACUCGCAGCUCCAGGUGAGGGCUCCAUUCCCAAUGAUUCCCAUCGGAGGAAUCCAGAUGGUUCACUCGCUCCCAACAUCCAACACCAGCCCUCUGAGCCAGCAGGGGGCGCCAAAGCCCGGUAAGCCCCCGUGCAGCGCCGCUGGCCUGCAGGAGGAGGUGGGGGGCGGAGUCACGGUGAGGCGGGAGCAGGAGGAGAACAUCCGCACAUGCACCUGGGCCAUCGCUUCGCUCUGCAUUGAUUCGGAGGAGCAGGGAGGGAACGAUGAGCCGCCCAUCUCCGCUCCUGCCCCCCCUCCCUGCCCCGACCCUGGCCCUGGGCAGGAGGAAACUUAAAAGGGACGAGGCGCCAAACAAGCCAGCGGUACCCCCUGCCCCCCUCCCCCAGACGGACAGCUUCCGUCAUGUACUGUUGCACUAAAACAUAUUUUUACAAAGUCGCACA